UUUAACUAUAAUUCCUAUUUAUAUUCGAAAUGCUAGAAACCUCUACUCCAUCAAGUUCACUGAUAAAUCUUCUUUAUGGUGAAGAUAAUGAUGAGAAGGUUAGGCCUCCUUUGAUAAUACAGCCACCAUCUUCCCCCAGACCAACACACAGAGCUGUUAAACCUAAAAGAGCUUCAUCAAUAGUACGUUCUCCAUAUUUGGCAGCUGUUGCUCCACCACGUCAAUCUGUUGUACCUCGUCACUCUCCAUCAACUAAAAGAUCAUCACCAGUCAAAGCUACACAAGUUUACAAAAAUGGAUUAUUUGUACCUAUUAAAAGAAAAUCAGCUUCAAAGCUUCAAAUAAUAAUGUAA